AUGAGGUCGCCCUAUUUUCCAGCGAGGUCGGUGCUUUUCCACAAGGAGCCCAACGGAGUGACGUACAGAGUGCCAGCGCUGCUCUACUUGUCUCGCUCCAGGACCUUCAUGGCCUUCUGUGAGGAGAGACUCAGCCCGUCCGACUCUCAGGCUCACCUGCUGGUCCUCAGGAAAGGCACUUUCUACAGGAACUAUGUGGAGUGGGAUGACUUUCGUGUCCUGGGCACUGCUUUCCUGCCAGGCCAUCGCUCCAUGAACCCGUGCCCGGUGUACGAUGAGUUCACAGGAACUCUCUUCUUGUUCUUCAUCGCUGUCCUGGGCCACACCUCGGAGUCUUAUCAGCUGGUGUCGGGGAGGAAUGUUACUCGUCUCUGUUACGUCUGCAGCACCGACCAAGGAGACACCUGGAGUCCUGUCACCGACCUCACCAAGAGUGUCAUAGGAGAUACUAUCAAAGAAUGGGCCACUUUUGCUCUCGGCCCGGGCCACGGCAUCCAGCUGAAAUCGGGCCGUCUGCUGAUACCUGCCUACGCUUACCACAUUGAGUGCAAAGAGUGCUUCGGACAGCUGUGUCAGACCACUCCCCGCGCCUUCUGCUUCCACAGUGACACCCACGGGCGGACCUGGAAUUUCGGGGAGGCGGUGCCAGUGCCCGAGAGCGUGGAGUGUCAGAUGGUGUCUGUGGAUGAGGAGGACGGGACUAACGUGCUGUACUGUAACGCCCGCAGCCCUCUGGGAUACCGGGUGCAGGCCCUCAGUCUGGACGAUGGAGCCGUGUUUCAGGAGGGGCAGCUGGUGCAGCGGCUGGUGGAGCCUCGAAACGGUUGUCAUGGAAGCAUUGUGGGAUUUCCUGCUCCGUUACAUUUAUGUACUUCUCUUGACAGUAAUUUGCAUCAACCUACAAGUCCCUCCAGACACUGGACUUCCUCAAACGUUUCCACCUCUGUUCCCAACCCUAGCCCCAGUCCUCCAGAUUUCCUCACCCCCACCUGGGUAGUAUACUCCCACCCGACAUGGACCUCCGCACGCAGGGAUCUAGGCAUCUUCCUCAGCCUGUUCCCCCGUGAUCCAGACAGUUGGCGGGGCCCCUGGGUGAUCUACGAGGGCCCCAGUGCUUACUCCGACCUGGCUUAUCUUGAGUUGUCCCCCUCACCCGGGGCCCUGCCUGUUGUGGCCUUCGCCUGCCUGUUUGAGUGCGGCACAAAAACAGCCUACGAUGACAUCUGCUUCAGCAUCUUCACCCUCUACGAGCUUAUCGAUAAUCUGCCCCGGGAGGCGCAGCUGGGAAAUAUCGGUCAUGAAUGUAGAAGAAGGCAGAAUGAAGUUCCAGAGACAGAUUGUACAAGUGGACAUGGCGCUCAAAGUCCUGCAGUUUUCCAUGAGGAGCCUGGAGUAAAGAAGAGAAGGAAGAAGUUGACUGAGAGGUGCUCUGUGUCUUGA